UACCCUUCUGUGUAUGCCGUUGAGUGGUCAGCGAACUGCACUCUGAUGCGAGCCUUGACAAAAGAUGUCAGAUCUGCACGAAUGUCUGUGAGAUGCUGACUGGCACCCGAAUCGAUUGUGUAUUCGUUGGUGAAGGGAACAUUGGGAUCAUUUGUCAAGUAGUCUUUCAUGAGAUUGAUGUGGAGAGGACUCAAGCAGUGUGUAUGCUUAUUACGGUAGUUUGGGCCUUUGGGAUUGCUAAAACACUCCUCCAUGGAGGGUCUUACCUCGUCACAAUAGCCCCCGCAACAGGAUGCCACCAUCCGUAUCCAGGAUUGAAUGGCGUGUUUGGCUUCGUAGUGACCGCGUGCCUGCCAGCCAUUGUUGUGAGAUUGCAGUUUGCGUGGCAUAGCGGUCUCUCAAGGCCACACCCAUCCCACAAUGUACUUGACGAAAACGUUAUUCGUAUUGAAGGUGCCUGUACGUUGCCUGACCAGCAAGAGGUGAUUUCAGUUCUUGGCAGUCCUUCCAGGACCCGACUGAUGAGCUGACUCAGCUCGUUUGUUUUUGGGUCCAAGCCAGUUGCCAGCGCGUCCUUGCACAAGUCGUCUACCUCCUUGAGGUAUCGCUUUACAUCCGGCUCUGACCAAGUGCGGCACUUGAGUGA